UCCUGAUCAGUAGUAGCACACUUUCAUCGCGGCGAGGAAAGUGAGCAAGUCGAGUGAGUCGUUUCAUCCACGCCGUGGAGGAGUCAUCCACGUUGUAACGCACGGCAACACACGACCGCGCGCGUGUUCACGAAGAUCGUGUGUGUUGUACACAAGGUAUAGAGAGGCUCUCGUGGUAGUGAAGAGAGGUGGAUAAGGAGAGAAAGGGAGAAACCUCGUCUCUCGUCAGAAUUCCUUUCGAUCCGCGAAAAAUUGUCGUCCGUUUUUACCCGGUGCAAACCCGGGUGGGGUGCUUGUUAAGAAAACGAAUUGCUCGAGAAAGUCUCGAAAGGAAAGAAUCGUUAAUUGCGCGGCUUAUUCGUCGUACACAAAAAUAUGUGAUAACGCGAACUAGAUAUAUACAUGAAUAUAUAGUGGCUGCAAAAAUUAUUUGAACAUACCCUUAUUUUCUAAUGAAGCGUCUUUUUACCAAAUUCUAUGCGUUUUGCUUUCAUGGUAUCAAAUUUUUAUAGUCAUGUGAAAAUAAUACCGAAUAGUACGAGAUUUAACGUACUUGGACCUAAUUAAUUAGCAUGUGAAUGCUGCAAUAAAUAUUUAAUACUAUAAUAAAUACUAUAAUAUAUAGUAUAAUAGUAUUUAUUUAUUAUAUAGUAUAAUAUAUAUUAAUGAUGUAUAAAUACUUCUUACAACCACUGUAUAUGUACUUCUACAUAUAGGUAUAUGUAUAAAUAAUAAAAAUUAUUUAACAGUGAAUGAAAUUAUCGUUGAAUACUUGUGGAUAAAGAAAUGAUACGUGAUGUCGCGUGUCGACUCGCCCUUUCCAAGGGGAGGGUAGAAGAGGCGUGAGGUGGAUGAAUCAUUGAGGCAGCCUCUGACGUGUCGAAUAAAAGAGGGAGGCGAUCGAAGAAUCAAAGCGGAGCAAGUAUUCAAGAACUGGGAAAUUUGACUAAAGAUCAUGAUGAGUAAAAAUAAUGAAAAUGGUAUAUCCCUGGCGACGCCUCCAGCCAUCCAUGUUGGUCCCAUAGUGAAUCCAGGAACCAAUGAAACCAUCUCUAUUGUAAUUCCAUUAUCAGCUCAGUUGGCCACAGUUACCAGUCAGAAAAUUGAAAAAUCUUGCAAAGAUUACACCAAGGAUGGCAAACAGUCGUCCAAUAAUGUUCACUCUCGGCUAAGAAAUGAUAAAACCAAAGGAUGUCCUUAUCCUGGCUGCACCAGGUAUGGGAGAGCCUUCUCGAGGGCACACGAUCUGAAACGACACAUUGCUCGUCACGAAAUGAGAAAAGAAAAGCUGCACGAUUAUGAAAAUCACACUAUGGCCGGCAAACAAAAUCGGAAGGAAAGUAACGAGAAUAUAGCGAAUGGAAUAAUUGAUAGACAACAUAUGGUUUGGAAUGAUGAAUCACGCGAGAGUAAAUCUUAUUCUUGUUUGCAUUGCAAGAAGAAGUACACUAGUGAGAUUAAGCUUAGAGCUCACAUGAGCUCCCAUGAAAAGGUUCUAGGUAAGAAUGUGUGUGCUCUGUGUGGAACAUGUUCCCGGGAUGAGGAAGAAUUACAAGAGCAUAUGAAGCAACACACAGCAAACAUGUUGGAAGCUCAAACAGCGUUAGAAAAGAGUGAAAGGGAACAACCAGAAAAAGAAGACGACUUCUUGCUUGAAGAGAUGUUGCUUCUAAAUAAGAAUCCUCGAAGAAUUGCGCAACCAGUGAAAAAUAAUUCGAAUACGGCGUCCAAGAUAAGAUGUGACUACUGUUCCAAGACUUUCAAGACCAAAUGGACAUUGAGCUCCCACGUGGCGGCUCACGAGGGCCGUUUUCAAUUCGACUGCGGUCAGUGUGGCAAGAAAUUUGUCAGAAAGAGUCACUACGAAGGUCACAUGAGAUCUCACGAAGCAGCACGACCUUAUGUCUGCGAACAAUGCGGGAAAACGUUUAAAGAAUUGAAGCAUAGGAGAGAACACACUAAGAGGAAGCACUCUACUAACCAGAACGCGAUUCAAACGCUUUUGGACAGCAUCAGUCCGUGUGCAUCCGAUGAAUUACCGGCGGAUGAGACAAAGUUCACGCUCCUGAUGCCUGUUGAUUUCUCUGUCUAAGGUCCCCAAUGUAGUUUUACCCUGAAAUAACGGAAGAUGGUUAUAAAUAAAUGUAUAAUUUUUAGUUUUGUAAUUUUAUAAUUUUUAAGCCGACUUUUUAAUUGUUCUAAUUUUAAAUCUUAAAUAGAGGAUCUCAAGAAAUUUUGUUUAAUUUGGAUUGAAAAUCUUGAUGAUAUGAGGUUUGGCUAUAAGACAAAUUAGAAGAUUAGAAGAUUUUAUUAAUGGGAUAGAAUGGAAUGAAUCGGAGGAUUACUAAUGAAAACAGGGUUUGAAAAAUUAAAUUAAGUCUUACGAAAGUUUCUAGUGGCGAAACUGAUGAAGAACUGACACUGUUUGUUUAUAAUAAGGAGAUUGUUAAAUUAUUUUAAAGUGAUGCUCAUUGUGAGAUAAGGUUUUACGGCAUCUUUAGAUUAAAAACCUCUUAUUAAUCUCCAUUUAGUCUCAUCACUUUAUUACAAUUAAAAAAAUUCAAAGAUGUACAGUGAAUGUGACAACUGCAACUACAAUUGCAACUAUUGUAUACUCGAAAAAAAUUGCUAUGCUUAAUUAUAAAGUACAUAAUUGAUUACAUAUGAUUUAAGUAAUUUUAAGUUCCUAUCCUAUAUGUCGAUCGACAGAGCUGUAUAUUAUUUUCAAUUUUCAUUUAUCGGAACGACACACAAACCAAAGACAAUCUCGACUUUAAAAUGACGUACAACUUGUACAUAAUCUAAUAAAUUGAUCGCAAAAGAAA